AUGAAUCCUUUCGAUCUCAUAAUAGAGAUUCUCACAAGACUCCCUCCGAAAUCCCUAAUGAAGUUCAAAUCUGUCUCUAGCAUCUGGUCAUCUUUCAUUUGCUCCAAAUAUUUCAUCAACCGUUACCUAAAAGCUUCAUCAUCAUCGCCUCGUCUAUACAUGUGGUUGUGCUUUGACAACAAAAAGAAAUUAUUACUAUCAUCGUCGUCUUCUCCUGAUUUGGAUGUUAGUACUAUGUCAUCCUUUGUAGUUGAUCAAGAUUUGACAAUCCCAGCAAUUGAAGGCUACUCGGUCUCUCAUGUUUGUCGCGGUUUGAUGUGCUUUACAAAUGGGACAAAUGCACAAAUAUAUAACACUACUACUAGGCAACUUGUCGUCUUACCUGACAUAGAAGAAUCCAACAUCAUAGCUAAAGAUCACAAGAUUAGAUACCAUAUCGGACACGACCCUGUACAUGAUCAAUAUAAAGUGGUCUGUGUGGUUUCGGACGCAAAGCCCGUACAGCUCCUGGUAGAGAAUUCUGUAUUCGUACUAGGAGGAGGUGUAUCAAGUCAAUGGAGAAAGACUUCAAGCUCAUGUCCACCACACUUACCUUUAAGACAAAGAUUAACUAUCAAUGGGCGUAUGUAUUACCUAGCUUGGAAAACUUCGAGUUAUUCCGUGCUUGUGAGUUUCGAUAUUAGUUCUGAAGAAACCCGUUGGCUCCAAAAGCCUGAAGAUGUCUCUUGGCAUCGGUAUCAUAUACUGGAAAAAUAG